AAAAAAGAAAAAAGAAAAAGCAGUUUACGCGGCAGGAUUGUGCUGCUAAACUUCUAGCGUUAUUUCCAAAAACGUUUCUAAAGCAACUCGCCUUUUAAACUUAAAAUACGAGCACCAUAUUGUGCAUUAGGGGGAGAAAAAGAAAACCCUUAGGAAACGACAAAUUAAAAAAUAUAAAUAGAAAAAACAAUUUGCUGGAACCUCCUGCCUGCCCUUCGGCCGCCUCUCGGAAGGCAGCGGCGUUCCUUCAGGUCGUCCUGGGAUAGUCCGCAGCCUCUUCACAGCGUCUAGCACCGACAUCCGAGAAGCGCGGCGCCGCUUCAGAUCGCCAGCCGCGAGGCUGGGGCAGCGGCGUCGGAGACGUGCAGGUUCUUCGCCAGAAGCCAACUCAGUGGACCCAGGGCACGUGUGACCCAUGGUGGGCUCUGAGCCAGGUGCUGUCUGAUCGCAGAGCCUGUGGGCCAACCCCCUCUGCUGCCUUACCCAGCCAGCAAUGACGAUGGGUCGAUUGAAGAACCGUCUGCCCGUGUGCUUUCUACCUUCUGUGCCCUUCUUAAUUCUAGUAUCCGCUCUCGCCCCUGCUGAGGGAGUGACUAACAGCACUUUAAACGGCUCUGCGCCCGUCAUCGUCGCCAGAACUGACCACAUCAUAGUCAAGGAGGGGAACAGUGCCUUGAUUAACUGCAGUGUCUAUGGUAUCCCGGAACCACAAUUCAAGUGGUACAAUUCCAUCGGCAAGCUGCUGAGAGAAGAUGAGGAGGAGGUGGAGGAGGAAGAAGAGGAGGGAGGAAAAUGGCAAAUGCUGGACAGCGGCCUCCUGAACAUCACCACGGUGUCUUUCUCCGACCGAGGUAAAUACACCUGCGUGGCGACCAACGCCCUCGGCACCGUGAACAACACGGUCACGCUGCGCGUCAUCUUCACCUCGGGAGACAUGGGCGUCUACUACAUGGUCGUCUGCCUCGUGGCCUUCACCGUCGUCAUGAUCCUCAACAUCACGCGCCUGUGCAUGAUGAGCAGCCACCUGAAGAAGACCGAGAAGGCCAUCAACGACUUCUUCCGGACCGAGGGCGCCGAGAAGCUGCAGAAGGCCUUCGAGAUCGCCAAGCGCAUCCCCAUCAUCACGUCGGCCAAGACCCUGGAGCUGGCCAAGGUCACGCAGUUCAAGACCAUGGAGUUUGCGCGCUACAUCGAGGAGCUGGCCCGCAGCGUGCCGCUGCCCCCGCUCAUCAUGAACUGUCGGACGAUCAUGGAGGAGAUCAUGGAGGUGGUGGGGCUGGAGGAGCAGGGCCAGAACUUCGUGCGCCAGGCCCCCGAGGGCCAGGAGGCGGCCGAGCACGAGGAGGUGUACACCAUCCCCAACGCCCUCAAGCGCAGCGACUCGCCCGCCGCCGACUCGGACACGUCGUCGCUGCACGAGCAGCCGCAGCAGAUCGCCAUCAAGGUGUCUGUCCACCCGCCGUCCAAGAAGGACCACGCCGAGGAGCAAGACGGGGUGCAGCUGGAAGGCAGAGACGACCACGAUGACGACGACGACGAGGAGACGGAAGCGUCGGCCGCGCAGUCCCCAGAUACUGCCGAGCCUUCCACGGACGUCACGUCCACGGAGCUGACGCCCGAGGAGCCCAGUCCAGCCCCGGGGGCCGACCGAAGCCUGCCACCAGCUCCCCCGGAAAAGCCAGAACCAGCAGAGGCCCGCGACACAAACACCUGCAUUAUUUAUGAAAGCCAUGUCUGAAUAUCAACCCCCACCCCCACCCCCAAAGCUAUGCAUAUCCAGAAAAAUCAGGGGCUGCUCCUCGUAGUACAGACGUAGUCCGCACUUGCCGCUAAGCCUUACCAGGAGACUCUCAUCCCUUAGGUAGGAGUGAUGCCAUUUUCAAAGGGGAAGCACCCGGGUGCAGUUGAUGCGACUGGAAUUCCCCCGACAGGAAAGGCUGCGAGAAACAGCAGGGUGCACAAAAUAACACUGUUGAGCAGAAGGGAUCCUUCUAUUCGGUUCGCAUUUUCCUCUCUGCCAAAGACCUUAAUUGGCGGUGCCCUUUUGGCAGAGUCCGCUACUGUAAGAUAGUCUGAGUUCAUGUGCCCUGUCCAGACAUACACUGCAUUGCUUUUCCUUUGCAAAAAUUACAGGUCUGCUACCGUAGCAAAUGCACGACGUGGGUUUGUUGCACUUUCUUCUCCGUUUUGACUUUUACUCUUCCUUUCUAAUGGAGUCCGUUGUUGCGGAUUUCAUCCUUUUUUUUUCUUUCUGGGUUUGUGGCUCCUUUGUCCUCCUUCUGUCCCAGAACAUUUACCUCAGAGGCCCUGGUGUUGCCUAGACCAGGCUGAUCUCUAAGUCAUUUGUAAUGUCACAAAGUAGUUACUAGACAUCUCCACCCACCCCCUCCCCGCCUGUUUUCAUACAUCGCUGUUGUUGUUUUCAGUAAAGCUGCUGUUGUGAAACAGAAAAAUUUUGCCCCGGGAAUAGCACUUUAAUAGCCAAAUAAAAUUGUGUUUACUAUUUGAUUUUGAGAGCCUUUUGGUGAGUUCAACCAAGAUGUGGAGGGAGAUUGUUAAGACUGACCCACACUACCAUGAAGACUGCUGUUUAAGUGGCCUGAUUCUGUCACUGAAACACGUAUCACUUGCAGAGACAGGGCAUCUGGUGAAUUUCUGUCGGCGUAGAAUGUCAUUGCCUGGAAAUCCCCCAAAGGGACCUUAUGUCCGUGGGUUAUCCAAACACCUGAUUUGAGGCCGCAUGUAUAAAAAGAUCUCUAAGGUCAUGUAACCAUGUCUACCUUUGUGAGUGGCAUAACUACUUGGCCCUUUGAUGGGGGAGAGCGAAAAAUUAGAAAAAUAGCAAAAGGAGCUGGGCCAUCACACGUUAAGUCAAAAUCACUGGCUUAUUUUUUAGCCCCAUAAGAAAGUUAGCUGCAGGGCUUAUUGAUAAUAUGGAUGGAAAAUAAAACUUGACAUCUAAAGGCCAAAGUUUGACCUUACUGUGCCCAUAACCAGUUUCCAGGAUUGGGGCAAGUAUAGGUCUCAGUUUCUUUAUCCAUCAUGUGGGGUGGGGGUGAAGGGGAAAUUAGGUGAGUUCUGAGCACCCUUUAAAUCUCUCCCAUGGAACCAUGCCAAUAUUAUCAUCUUUGGUCUUCACAAUUACUUUGGAUUUUUUAUCUCAGGAUUCACCUAACAUUUUUAUGCUGUAUUACUCAAAGAUAUAUAUAUAUAUUUUUAAUCAUAGCAUCGGUGGGGGGGGCAUGCUGGCAAGAUAGUACAGUGGGUAAGGCGCUUGCCUUACACACAACUUACACUGGCUCAAUCCCUGGCACUCCAUAGGGUUCCCCACGCCCCACCAGGAGUGAUCCCUGCAUGCAGCGCUGGAAGUAGGCUCUGAGCAGUGCUAAGUAUGGCCCCCAAACCUAAAUAAAUAAUUUUUUAAAAUUCCAGCAUUUUCAACAAGUUGUAAAAGAUCAUUCAGAGCACUUCUAUAAUUUAACUGAAGUGAGGAUGCAUAUUACUUUAUUUUCACUUAAAGGGUAGGUACUACCCUUGAAAGUACGGGGUCAUGAGGUGACGGGUCCUAAUGUCAGCAGUCAUUUGGGACAUGUUGGUAUUGAGAGAGUGAGUGCGCAUGUUUAGCCUCACUCUCAUUCUCUGGACAAGUGGACUUGAAUGUGGUUACUGACCUUCCCUUUCCCAGGGAAAAUAUCGAAAGUAUGUCCAGUGGGUUGUUAUAAGAUCCUUUCUAGUACAUGUAUAAUUUUAUGGAAAGUUUCUAAUCUUCCACAGUGGCUCCCGUUGCUUGAGGCAAGCAAUACUGGGAGCAAAAUGUAAAACAUCCAGACUUGUCAACAAAUGCAUCCAGUUCUGUGACUGAGGAUAGUGGGUUUGGCCUUAAGGUUGGUCUUGAUGGGUUUCUUUAUAUAUAACUGGUGUGGAAGACAAUCUGACAAGACCUGGGGUUUGACCAAACAUCUCUUUUCUGGCACACCAUGGAAGUAUUGCCAGUUUACUUCUAGAACAUCACAGUAAAGAGGACACUGAUAUAACUGGCCACAGAAAGUUUUUAUUUCCUAGUAAACAUGAAAGUUAUGCUUACACUAUAUUGUGGUCUAUAAAUGUGUAACAGUAUUAUGUCUAAGAAAAAGUACAUAACUUAAUUUUUUUAAUUUUAAAAGAUAAUUUAUUGCUAAAAAAUAUGAGACACAAAGUGAAUGCAUGAUGUUACAAAGUUUAAGUGCCAACAGAAUAGCUCAUGUACAGGGCUACCAGAAACCUCUAAUUUAUGAAAUGUGUCAGCUACUAAAGAGCAAUUAAGUUAAGUGCAGUAAAGCCAAGGUAGGCGUGGACAGGAAUGAAUGGAUGACAGCUAGUUAGAAGUGAGUUGGGUGGACACAUAAAUUAAAAAUGAGCAUUCAAGAGAAACUUGACCCUGUUUGGGUCUUGUGACUAGAAUUUUAUAUAUUUGAGUUGCAAAGAAGAUCUUUUUCCGGUUAUAAGAAUACAGACAUUUCCAGUUGUUACUGAGGUGUGAACAGAUUCUUUUAGCAUGAAUUUAAAAUGUCUAAAGCAACAACAGAGACUUAAGCUCAUUUUGAGAUCUUGUGUGGAGUUGACCCCAUUCUGUUAUGUUCUCAUUCCUCUCAGACCCAUAUUAUAGCUAAAUUUUUGAAUGAGCCAAACAGGAGAAUGCAUCUAUUCCAUCUAGAAAUUGAUUAGUGGCAAAAAUUCUGAUGUGCAGAUAUUUUAGGAAACAAGCAUAAAUAUGAAUCCAAAGAAUGUGUCUAGAUUGGUUUUAGAUGCUUCAGACUUAACAGUAAGGAGAAUUAGAUUUUUCUAAACUUUUUCCUUAGAAGAUGUCAAAAAGAAUAAACAGCCAGUCUAGAAGGAGUUUACUUAUACUAAAGAUUUCCUCUUCCAGAAAGUGUACAUUCUUCCUGUUCAUCGUAUAGCUGCUUUACUAAACAAGAGAGGCACUCCUACUAAAAUGCAAAAUGUAGAAAACCUCCUGACUUUCAAAAAUGAUUUUUUUUCAAAGAUAAACUGUUCCAGCGUCAUAGAAAUUCACAGAAGUACAAUUGUGCAUAUAUGCAUGCGUGCUCACACAUACAUCAGACUCAUGGUCAGUUUUAUAGGCUCAACACUGAAUCUUAAAUUUGUCCUUUGGACUGUGCUUGAUCAUUCUCAAAAUUUGUCUUGAUUCAUCUGAUCUUAUCUAGCAGUUUUCUUUGCUAAAACUAAAAAUGAUUCUGAUAUAUGUGCAUAUUUAAUUCACUUUAGAUGAUCUUAAACUGGGUUGGCAGAUAUAAAUAAAAAUUUUAUACUGAAAAUCUAAUUUAUAAUGGUUUUUGUUUUAUAUAUUAUAUUUUCAUAUCUUUAGACACAUCUACUACUCUCAUCUUUUUGUAUAGCAUACUUGGCAAAAAGAAUUACUAAUACUUGACUAAAAUCUCUAGGAACCAAAUGUGAUAAAUGAUGCAUUGUUUUAGAAAUACCUAAAUGUUUUUAACCCAUCGUAAGCAUUAUUGUGCCAUGUCAUUACAUCCAGAACAAUUUCUCUCAGAUGUUAUGAGAGUUCCUUUUUCAUAAGUAAGGCAAAGGGCCUGACGUCCUGCCAAAUUGAUUCUGGAUUCCCCUUCCCUUUUGUUGUUCUGUUUUUUGAGUUUUUAACUGUAGCAGUCCAAGUUGUUUAAACUUCUCUUUGAUGGGCAAAUGUGCGAUUAGAAAGCAACUGGAGAGCAAGACUGAACUGAGCUAAUGCUAUGUAUUUAAUGGAUUGAUAAUCAAAUGUUUAGAUUUUUAUUUAUUGGUGGUCUAGGAUCUGUUCAGUUCUGUAGCAGACAAAGAAUGUAAGGCACAGAAAAUUUGCAUGUUCUGAGCAGGCAGACUAAUGUGUUGUCAACGUAGUCAACACAAUCUAGCCUAACUUAAAAAAAAAUACAUCCUAACCUCUGGAAGAAAAAAGCAGACCAGACACCUUUUCUUCACAGAUGGAAAGAGUGUUGUAUCAGUGCUAAAACUCUUAACAUAGCAGCACCUAUGGUUCUGUUUACUCUGGGUUUCCUUUCAGUAUUUCAUUGGAUAGUAAAGUGGAGCAUUGAAUUUAUCCCACACACUGGGGGCUGGAGCAAUAGCACAGGGGGUAGGGCGUCUGCCUUGCACACGGCUGACCCGGGUUCAAUUCUCAGCAUCCCAUAUGGUCCCCUGAGCACCGCCAGGAGUGAUUCCUGAGUGCAGAGUCAGGAGUAACCCCUGUGCAUUGCCGGGUGUGACCCAAAAAGCAAAAAAAAAAAAAUGAUCCCACACACAUUCAUACUCUGUUUUGUAAUCAGCAUAGCUAAACUUCUAUACCAUCACCUUUUGGCAGUACCUAGGAUAAAAAUUCCUGUUUCUGUUCUUGCUUUUUAAACUUGCAUUGUGUUACUCUAAGUCUCAUUGUAUAUUCACACAUUCUGAGCAGUAAUCUCAAAAGAUGUUUGUCAUUUUUACACAUCUGUUCAUGUAAAAAUCCUUCAGUAGAUAACAAUGUUCACAUUCCUUUUCCUAAUGACUUUUUAAAGAUUUCUACUUUGAUUAUGUUUAUCAAGUUGAUCAUUUGUGGGCAGGAAAAGAAAAAAAAUAGCUUAGAAUGUUUUCCAAAGAAAUGAGUGUCUGUUAUAUAAGAAAAUAUCAUAUGAUGGUAACUGAUCUUUAACAGAAUUUGUAGAGGUUUAUUUUUAAAGAAGCUAAUACAUAAUAUACCACAAUCAAAACUGAAGCAAAGAGAAGGUAAAAUCAGAGAGCUAGUAGUUCUAAGAAUUUUAUGAUAGGAUUGUUUUUUAUUUUACCAGUAAUAAGAGCCUUUAAAUGUAUCUCUUAAAGCACCACAGAACUGCUUACAGUGAGUUAGGUUCAAAGAAGAUGCUUGUAAUUUUAUUUGGUUUGCUGUUAUCUCUGGAGCCCAGUUUAAUCCAAGCUCUGGAUGUCCUUGUUUGAAAUCAGAAAAUAAAAUACAAAAAAGAUAUCUGGGCAAAAAUGUCAAACUAGGAAUGUUCAUUUAAAAAAAAAAUAAUUCAAAGAUGUCAACAACUAAGUUCAUGUAAAAACAAAAAAAUUCACGUGAUACAUCCUGUAUUUUGAUUGUUGCUUUAAUAAAGGGUUUG